AUGAGACAAGUGCAAACAAUUGUGGUUCGCGAAUCGGAUGAGACGGGAGAAAUGCGACAUGCACGCGAUGCACUGUUGCUCUGGUGUCAACUCAAAACCGCGGACUAUCCUCAGGUUGAAGUGGUCGAUUUUACUUCGAGCUGGCGAGAUGGUUUGGCAUUUUGUGCUCUACUACAUCGUCACUGGCCCAGUCUAAUCGAUUAUGAUCACAUGUUAGACAGGGAUGUGGAACCGUGGCAUCGGAUUGAAAUCGCAUUUCGACAAGCGUCGGAUCAUUUAGGUAUACCCCGGUUGAUUGAACCGACCGAUUUAUUUGAAACUUGUUGGUCCGAUGAACGAUGCAUUCUGACCGUGGUGGUCACGUGGUAUCAGUGCUUAACCAAUUCCCUGUCUGUGCAACUUCGAUCGAGUCGCCUGAACCACGUGCUCACCCAGUGUGUCACGAUCAGUCAGAUGGCACAACGGUAUCUGGACAAAUUGAGGCGUUGGUUGCAAUGGGUGAAUACGACCAGGCGAAGAUUGGCCGGGAAUUGUGACGCAUUGACAACGAGCAGUAUGAAAUUUCCCGAUCCGGAAAGUUGGAUCCGUGAUCAGUUGAAAAUUCUAUCCGAAUGGAGUCAAACAGAAAAGUCAGAUCGAAUGUUAGAAAGGAGUGAAUUGGAGUUCCUGUUGCAUACCAUACACAUUCGUCAACUGGCAGUUGGACACAAUCGAUAUUAUCCACCGGAAGGAUUUCGUUCGUCGGAUGUGGAUGGAAAGUGGAAGGAAUUGAUCAGCGUCGAACGAUCCAUGCAUUUGACCAUCUUAGAUGAACUGACCAAACAAGCCAAUCUGAAACAUCUUGGUCGUCGAUUUGAUCGUAAACUGUCCAUUUUUGCCGCUUGGCUGGCAGAAAACGAGCAAUUGCUGUGCGUUACAGAACGAUCCGAUGCGGUCAGUUUUCAGCUCGAUAUGUCUUUCAUGCAAGACGUUUUCGUGCAAGUUGCAUCAAGGCCCAGUUUGAAAGAUUUCCACGCACCAAAUCUGACAUCGAAACUGUAUCGAAUCACCACAGCCCGUCGGAAACACGCCGCCUGGUUAGCGGAUGCCGAGGCUUAUGUGGAGAUUCGAUCUCAACGUCUUCGAGGUGUACUGGCUGAGCUUCAGCGAUGUGCAGAACAUACAGCAGAAACUGUAGAUCGAGGGACUCGUUGGACCAAUUUAGCCAAUCGUUGGUCAAAACUACAGUCCCGAUUUGAGCUCCGAACUCGUUGCUUGAAAGCGGUUGAGGAUUGGCUUUAUUGUUUGGUCGAUGUGCAUGACUUGAUUGACAGUUUAUGUUUUCGUCUAGCUGAACUGAAUACCUGCGAUACAGAACAAACCGUACAAAUCGAAGUGACCUUGAAACGGAUCAAGGACGAAUUGGAUCAUUUGGAUCGAUGGGCUAAUCUGGUAGAGGUCACGUGCUUGACGAACAACGGGGCGCAGAAUCUGACUGAGAUUUCGUCGACCGAGGCAACCGAAUGCUUGGUCAUGAGUGAUCUGCAUACCAUUGCCAGUGAAUGCGUGAAAUACGUGCGAGCUAUUCAUACCGAGAUGAGCCGAAAUCUGAUAAAUCUUGGUUGUUGGAAUGAUCAGAAACAUCAAGCCUACGGGGUGCUAAAUGAGAUAAACGAAGAAAUGGAAUGGGUUCAAGUGAGUCCCACUUUUUCCUUUUGUGGUUCUCGCAUUGUUCCAGCUGGUUGA